AUGUUCAAACGGGCAGGACGAGGGCAUGAGGAAGGCGGCAUCGCCGGCACGCCACCCGGCGCAGCUGCCGUUCUAUGUCCUGCCUGCCCUAACUUUGACCUGAACGUUCCAGCCGAUUGGGCGUUGAGCCCAUUUCGUUGGUUGUAUCGCGUUAUCUUGGCACUAGACGCAAACUUCAGGCUUGCUAAUAAACUGACCCGAUCAACAACUCAAACAGAUCCGAAUCUCACUGAUGGUCGAGCGUAUAUGGCUCCUUGGGACGAUUACGCAGCAUACAUCUGCGAGACGGACAAAGAAAUCACUGACAAGUACGGCGAUUGCUCGCGUUUCGGCGCGUUAUUCCUGGCGAAUAUGAAGGGUGGUAAGGGCCUCCGGACUACUGGCGUGGCCGGCUGCUUUUGUGCCCGUCACGAAUUCGUGAUGCCCCUUGGUUUGGCCACUUUGCGUGUCGGCGAGCGGUUCAACGUUAUCGACUAUAUUCUAAGCGGUGCAAUGACCUUCAUACGAGCGCCUGAGGUCACGGUGUCCUACGACGUGGUCUGCCAGUACAGCAAGAACUUGACCGAACGUCUCGGCAAGAUCCGCGGGGUGCGGGUGGUAUGGACCGGGGCGCAACGGCUACUCUCGCUGGCCAACUCUGGUGCGCUUACAUACGUUGUGCCCAAGUUCCACUUGUACGCCCACAAAAUCUGGUGCCAGAUACGCCUGGCCUAUCUUUGGUUACGCGGCACGGGCUUGACCGACGGCGAGACCCCGGAGCGCGUCUGGGCGGGCGCGAACCCUGCAGCAGCGAGCUUACGUGAAAUGGGACCGGGCGGCAUGAACGACGUCAUGGACGACAUGGCAGGUUCAUGGAACUGGAGAAAACUGUGCGAAAUUGCCAAUUCUCUCACGGAACGCAUGGAGCGCGCUCUUCACGAAGCCUUGACGCAAACGGCCAUCUUCACCGAGUUCACGGAGGCGUUGGAAGAUCAAGAUCCUGCAAGGUUGCAAAAAGAACGUGAGCGCCACGCGCGCUGGGAUAGCUGUGACCAGUCCAAGGCAAAGGACCACGCUUGCCCGUAUCACGUUGUAAAGCAGAACGUAUCUAUCGCCCAAAUCAGACGCAAGACCGAAGAGGCGGCGGGGUCCGCUCAAAGAACUGCUGCGGAGGGGCAAUUGGAUGACGAAGUUGAGUUAGCGCGUCUCCUACUGAAAGGGCUUCACAUUGAAGACGAACGGCAACGGAUCUCAUCCAAGUACCAGCUCGAGGGGGGUACAGAUAAGCAGGCGACGUCAAGAGCGCAGGCCAUGAACAACCUGGUGCGCGCCAUCAGUAAAUUCCGCGAGGACCAGGAGCUCGUCAUGCCGGCAACAUACGCUGCUUUGACUUCCGAAGAACGCGAUCCCAGCCGAAAAGAUGCACUGACUGUCAACUUGUACAUGCCCUCUGGCCCGCCUGACGGCGAUCAGGCUCUCGUCUCUGCUGCGGCUCGUGCGGUGGAAGCUAAACUCCGAUGGGCGUCCAUGGUGGACGAAUUGGAUAACCUACGACAUCAGCUACGUCUUAAAGGCUGUCUCAACAAAUUCAAGAUCGCCAACAUCACCGGCCAGCGAGCAAAUACGCGCGCACGCACUGCUCAGGCGGCCGUGGACGCAAACGUCCAAAGGGAUGCCGACGCGUACCGGCGUCAUCGCAGCGCAUAUUUGGCAAUCAUGGGUCGCGGAACGUGGGAAGAAACUAUGCGAGACCUCUUGGUAUCGGACUGCCGCGCCUUGGGAGAUCGUCUCCUCGAACAGAUCGAGGGCAUGUCCCAAUUCGAAGCGCAAAGGUUUAUUUCGGAGAGAAAGGGUUCUACAACGUCGGGUGAUACACAUUAUGAGCUUCCCUGGAUUUGGUUCAGUUCAACGCCUGAAUCAGGCCUGGAGAUCACCGACGAACUUUUGGUCGAGUGGAGCAAGUGCCGCGCGCGUGCCAUACACUGGGUGGAGGAGGUGCGGCUGCUCGACGCCGAGAUGCAGCGUGUACUUGACUUCAACGAAUCCAUGGCGUUGAUCUGGGAACGACGUGUGGCGCCGGAGCUUACAACUACACUGGGCGACGAGGACAAGCUGUGGGCGCAGGACGCCGCUUGGGCAGACGGCGUGCGCGCUUAUGCAUGCAAGCAAGCGUUCAUUCGCAGGGCGCAAGCUGCGAAGUGGCGCGAGCAGUUCGAGCAGUUCAGGACGGACGCGGCAAGGUUUCUAGCGGUCCACACAUCAGAGGGAAUCUCUAUCGACCCGCUUUCAAUGCUCUCGUCGGAGGAAGUGGACGACAUGACGGCGCGCGCGGAUCGCAGGAAAGAGAAACUCGCAAAGGCGAAGCGGCCUAGGCGACGUGCGUGGGAUGCAAAUGGCGACGAGAUUGAAGGAGGGCUUGAAACCGAUGAUGAAAGCGCUGACACUAUGGUUGUAUCAGCGCCGGCAAAGUCCACGGUCAGCAAGCAGGACAACGGAGGUAAACCGGUGAGGCGCAGGGGGGGGAAGGCUCGAGCGCAGAAAGCAAAGAACAAGUAG